CGUACAUAUUGAUAGUAAAUACAAGUGAGCGACUCGAAUCAACUCUUCUAUCGAGUGCAGUUGGGCUAAAAGAAGCUGUGAUCUAAUACCUGUAGGCGGUAAAAUUCUCAUUGGAAAUCAUGCCACACUCUAAAGGACAUAAGCAGAAGACCAAGCCAACGAUGAAUGGCGAUGCUCAUUCGGAGGACCACGAGGAUUUAGAAGAAAUUGAUGAGAAUAUACGAUGUUGUUACCCAAAAGGCUGCACCCUUAACACUUCCGUGGAACUGUGCAGGGCUGUGCGUGUGAUAUGCAAUAACGAUGCCUGCACGCUUGGAACCUAUAUGCACUCAGAAUGCUUCGAAGCUUUUGAAGAUGAAAUUCUAACGUAUUUACGAGGCACUGGGCGAGCGCGAAGUUGGUCAGAAAAACAGAGACGCCAAAAUAUAUGGACAAAAAAGGGUUAUGAUCUCGCUUUCAAAUGUUGUGCGUGUGGCUGCGGAAAAGGGCAUUUAAAAAAGGAUUUAGAUUUCGUUCCUCCAUCACCGAACGAUGCCCAAGCUCAGGGAGGAAAAGUAGUGAAACGAAAGAAGAAGAAAUCUAACGAUAAACCGACUAUAGGGUGUGGAAGUAGGCCACGAAGGAGUUCUCAGUCGUCUGUGUGCAGUCAGUCACCUCCUGAAUAUUCACCUAUCUCCCCUCCCGUCAGAACUCCGACCAAGAAAACGAAAUCCCAAGAACACUUCUUUGGGGAAUCCUUUCCAAGCUUGGAUAACAUUGAACCCAUCAACCGACCCACCACAAAUGGGAGUUUAUCUUUCAAUUUUUUGAAAAGGUUGGAUCUCGGCUCGUUCCUAGCCGUUCUACCAAAACACAAAGUGAACCCCUACCACAUCAAAAUGGAGGACGAGGGAGUGGACGAUGCUCGACCGUUUGUCCUCUCAAGCCUGUCUUCCCGUUUAUUAUCCUCUGUUCACUGUGUUCUUUGCAGUCGAGAGCUAAGUGUCUUUGACAAAUACCCUCUUCUUGACGGGACAUUUUUCCUAACUCCACGAGAAUUAGCUCCAUGUUGCAUCGAUGUAUCUCAACAAAAAGGAAAGACGCAGUAUUUAACAGCAGUCUGUAUGCAAUGCUUAGAAGGGACGCCAAACACUAUCAGGUGUAAACUCUGUAAUAAACGAUGGGAUGGCUCCACACAUCAACUUGGAACUCUCUACACGUAUGAUAUAUUUGCUGCUUCGCCGUGCUGUCAAAAUAGAGUCGCUUGUCAGAAUUGCGCAAAGCCAGUAGUUAAUCUAGAACAGGAGAGCUCUUUUCAGUUCUUCUCGGAGUACUCUCAAGCUCUAAAAUGCCCUCAUUGCGGCGUUUCUGGAUACCAUUGUAUAAAACCUUUAUCUUCGUUCGAGACAUUGUCUCCUGGGCGGUAAUAACCAGAGAAUAUAUGAGAAAGCAUUUAUUAUUACAGUCUACCAGAAUAUUCAAAUGUUUAUGGAGCAAGUGAACUGGUCAGACAAAGGACGCGUUGGAGCUGAAUUUCAUUGCUUUUGUGAUGACAUCAAAGUAUAAAAUAAUGAUAUUCACAUACAUGUAUCAGCUGUUUCAAGGCUUUUCAAAUAAAUCCAGCCGCUCUAUAAUUUAUAGCCUUGGAUCAGUAAAGAAUCAUAUCAGCAAAGAAUCACUAAUAGUAAGAGGCAUUGUAGAGUUUUCUUCCUCUAAGGAACAAAAUGUGUCUAUCUUGUUAUACUUUCAUUUUAGUAAUUGUAACUUCCAGCCCCUAUGACAUGAAUUUUAAGUUUUUCACUAGAAUUGUGCUUUUUGAAAUUGACUUUAAAAAACAUGCUUCUAGCUUCAA